GUCGAGGUAACGCACACAACGUUUUUAACGUCGUCCAAAUACUUACGCGCUGUACGCGCCCCAGGUGCAACAGGUUUGUCAGCCCGAAUACAACAUCAAUAUGCUCUAAGCGGGCAUCAUGGUUGAUCGACACCGCAACAGUUUUAGUCAAGUUGAAUGCCCGGAUUUCCGACAGAGAUGGAGCGGACCCACAACUAAUCAACCAAUAACCCUUCUGGAUUUAUUUAACAGGGAUAACGUAAACAUGACGGGGUCUCUAACCCUCGCCCCGAUCAACUCGAGCCAUAUUUACGCCAGAAGACAUUCGACGCAUGCGUGUCUGACCACCGAAGACAAAAAAUUUGUCAACCAAGCACCUCCUUUACCGAUAAGACCGCCGCCUGUACCUAAACGAACGCUGCCGGUAAACAACCAAAAUUUAACAUAUCUCGCGUACGAGACCACUAAAAAGCCAAAAUCACCCCGCCCGCCCCCGUUACCGCCGACACCAAAAACUCGAGCACCCCCAUUUAAUCAGCUUCUGCCUAAUCAAAAACGCACGGCCGUUCCAUCGACGAAAGAACAAUUGUCGGAGCAGUUUAGGAAAUUGGACAUCAACAAAAAUAACCAGCAUCAGAAACAAGCGACAAACUUUCCAUUCGAUAACGUAAAGUCCGUGGACGUUAUCAAAUGUCAAAAAACGUCCAAUAAGCAACAGGCGAAUACGCCGACUACACCGAGCAGAUUGUGCAAGCAAAAUCCACAGGGAAAAAUGUCUAUGAGACAAGAUUCUGGAAUUUCGACCGAUAGUUUUAGUCAAAAUUCGUCUCCCAGUUAUACCACGAAAGGCAUGGAAACGCCCCUUAUCCCUCCGAAACAUUCAAUUCACAGAUCGCAAAACGGGAUAGUCAUAAACAAACUUAAAGGUACCAAAGACGACGAAGAUAAUGACACCGAUAGUAUUAACGGUAUCACCAAAAGCGUUUCGACUCCAGCUAGUUUACAAGCUGUGGUACGCUUCCAUAGUGGUUCCAACAUGUCGGUGCAUCACAAGAUUAUCAGAGAUAUAAGACGUCCGUCGGAAAAUUAUGAAAGUAAAUUUUUGUGGAAAUUUCGAUUGCUCCAGAUUGUUGUGAACGCUGUGGCAUUACUGGCGAUUGCCGCCGGCAUGACUGCUUAUUUCAAAGCGUAUCCGUCGAAUGUGGUGAAGAUUGUGAACAAGACGAUUAACGUAACAACAACGCCGAUUAUAAUUGAGAAGAGAAGCGACAACCCUGCACCCGGAAUCUGUCUCCCAGUUAUUGUGAGAUUUUGUAAACAACACCAGUUGCCCUACAAUUACACGGUAUAUCCGAAUUAUGUCGGUCAUUUUGGCCAAAGGGACGCACAAAUCGAUUUAGAAAUUUACGACGCUGUCGUCGACGUCAGAUGCUAUGAACUGGCAGCUUUAUUUUUGUGCACGAUAUUUGUGCCCAAAUGCGGUCCCGAUGGGGUUCUUGUUAGACCUUGCAGGAAUAUGUGUAUGGAGACUAAAAGGCGGUGCGGUUUUUUCCUUGACGUUUUCGGCCUGUCUCUACCAAAAUAUCUGGAAUGCAGCUUGUUCCCGGAAUCGGGGGACCCCAAUAUAUGCAUCGGUCAUGCGGAAGUUAAAGCUGCAAAGCUGAGAGAAUCCAAACCCAUCUGCCCAACUGGCUUUCAAUGUGACGUGAAGCGAUGUAUACCCAAGGACUGGCAAUGCGAUGGCCACGUCGACUGCAAAGAUCAGUCGGACGAAUUAAAUUGUAAGAAAUGCGGUACGGGAAUGAUACAUUGUGGCUUUGACAAGUGCAUCAACCAAGAACACAUGUGCGAUGGAAAAGUUGACUGCCCGUGGGGGCAAGAUGAAAGAAACUGCGUAAGGUUGAGCGAUAGAAACGGCGAUGAGGGCAAAGGGCAAUUGGAAGUGUUCAGACCCGAUCAAGAAAAAUGGGUGCCGGCAUGUAUCGCUCAUUGGGAUGAGCAUCUAUCGAAAAACAUAUGUUUUUUACUUGGUUACGCGAAUACAAACUACAGCCGUGUCCUGCGGGAUAAAAAAUCGACAGAAAUGAUUACGGAAUCGCGUUAUCCGAGGGAGCAGCAUCCUCACAAGCGUUUCAACUUGAUUAGAGAAUUUGCGUCUUGUAACGGCACUAACUACCCCACCGUCGACUUAAUUUGCACCAACUACAUCUGCGGGAAAGCUCGAAAAAGUUACGCCGAACGCAAACGAACUCCUCGAAUAGUUGGAGGUAUUCGAUCGAAACCGGGAGACUGGCCCUUCUUAGCUGCCCUUUUGGGAGGACCCGAAGAAGUUUUCUACUGUGCCGGAGUUCUGAUCGCCGAUCAGUGGGUGCUCACCGCCUCGCACUGUGUCGGCAAUCACUCGGACGUUAGUGGGUGGACGAUUCAACUCGGUAUAACGAGAAGACACGCGCAUUCGUUUUAUGGACAGAAAAUGAAAGUAAAAAGGGUGGUACCGCAUCCAAUGUACAACUUGGGGGUGGCCCACGAUAACGACGUCGCGUUAUUCCAGCUCUCUAGCAGAGUGACGUUCCACGAACACCUUUUGCCUGUUUGCCUACCGAAACCGAAUAAAGAACUGAAGCCAGGAACCAUUUGCACGGUUAUAGGAUGGGGCAAAAAGGAAGACACUGGAAUGUCCGAAUACGAACCGGAGAUUAAUGAAGUUGAAGUCCCAGUAUUAAACAGGGAUUUGUGUAAUUCCUGGCUGGAGCAUCGCGAUUUGAAUGUGACGGACGGCAUGAUCUGCGCCGGUUAUAAAGAAGGUGGCAAAGACGCUUGUCAGGGCGAUUCUGGUGGUCCAUUACUGUGUAAAGAGAGCGACGAUCCGGACCGAUGGUUUGUAGGAGGAAUAGUAAGUUGGGGUAUAAAAUGUGCGCACCCCCAUUUGCCAGGCGUUUACGCCUACAUACCGAAAUACAUACAUUGGAUACAAGCCCAAUUAAAUCGCUAUUCCGAUCAAUGAGAUCCAUUAACAAUUUGAAGUAUUAUUCGAUAAUAAAAACAAAGAAAGAUUGGUACAAAUUAUACAAGGUAAUAUCUAUGUUUUCUAAAACAUUUUACAUGAAGAAUGAAAACUUAAAAUAUGCACUUGUUGAAACCUUGUGGUAUAUACAUGUUAUUACACUUUGGUUUUCGUUUCAUAGAAGUUCCCUGCCACAAUUCAGGCUACGCACAAUAUUGUAGUUUGACCCUUUGAAAUAGUGAUAACUUGUGACAAUUUAAUAGUGUUCUAAGAGGACCGCUAUAUAUGUGAUCUGAUUUAUACUCUUAAAUAUACAACAGCAACAAAAAAUAAGUACAUGAAUGGAAGAUGCGCAACGUUUAUAGAACACUCCCGCGCACCAUUGGGAAAACACUCGGCAACACUCUGGAUCCAUCCGUUUUACUCGCUGCAACGGUUCGCAUUUCGAAAUUUCAGUUCAAAGAGAACUAUUUAGCACGUUCAGAGGGCAAAUUCGCGAAUUGCCUAAUAAUUUUCCCUUAUUGUAUUAUAACCAAUUUAUAGAGGCGAACGCCACCAAGCCUAACUUCCUAAAACAUUAAUAUUGCCUCAAAACGAGAUGGAAUCUUGGGGACUAUACGAAUUUAGUUCGAUAUUAAAAAUAUAUAUGUACAUUAAGCAACAAUAUUUCAAAUAGAUCGUUCCGGAUACAUGUAUAUAUGUGAUCAGAAUUUUAAAUUUAAAGCAACUCUGGAAAACAAAAAUUGAAUUUGGGAAAUUGUGUAUUUGAAAAAAUGUCCGUAAAACCGUGAAUGAUAAGGGUUUGCCGAAGUUUUUCCAAAAAUCUACGGGUGCCGGUGCAUUUCCGGAAAUCAAAUCGCGAGAAUUUUUCAUCUACCAUGUGAGGGCUUUAAAGAAUUAAAAACCGUUAUUGGGUGAGUUUAAAAUUUCAAUAUAAUGCUCCGGUUUUCGACAUAUGCGAAUAAGGUUUUGAGAAUUUAAUAAUAGUGGUCCCAUAUAGUAAUAAAAUAUGUAUUGAAAUACAGACGUAGCGACGCUUAGAUACGUAAUAAUAGAUCCGUUAUGUUCAGUGUUCAAGAGAUGAUUAAACUCACUUAAUGUUUCCAUAGAAAAUGUUUUUAAAAAAUUUGAAGCCUUCGACAACGCUUUAAAUAUAUUUUAUAUCUUGUAGUAAGAAAUAUAUAAAUGUCAUACAUAGUUUUCUAUAGAUUUUUAACGAAGCUCGACGUCGCCAAAUAGGGGCAAGUUUUUAUAGUACUGUUUUAAUUUGGUAGUCGGGGCCGUUUUAAAAUAAAGAGGCGGCACUUUCGCAACCCAUUCUACGACAUCGACUAGCAAAACCAAAAUUUACCAUAACAAAUUAAUUGAAAACUGGCUUCGAUUCGUACAAAACACUUAUUUGAUGUGGCAAUGUUUGCAGCUACGGCCCUGAUAAAAAUUGUAUCCUGACUGUCGUAUUAUGCAGUUAAAUUUGUCGCAAUCAUGAGAAGAAAAAACGCUGAAAACGUUGAAAUAUUAUCCGUUUUUCACGUAGCGUAAGACAUCAUUAAUAUCCGAAAGAAGCAAAAUUAUCACUAAUAAAUGUUAAAAGCUCAAAUAAACGGUGGUCUCUAUAGCAUAUCACUAUCCAUUUACAGGGAUGACAUGGUAAAUUUAAUACGCGGAAUAUAAAAACGCAAUCCUGUGCCCGUCAGGAUGUUUCAAUAUUUGUUUUCACAGCUUUGGCGGAACGCAAACAAAGUCAAUUAGCGAAAAAACAGCAAAAACGUUGAUGAAAUGUGCGGGAAUGGAUUUCGAAGGGGGAAUCGCUGUACAAAAUUUAUACGUGCCAUCCCUGUCGUUCACUGGCCUAAAUCGAGUGAAAAUCAAUUAACCAGGGUAACUUUCCAGAAUAUCUUGAAGUGUUUACUACAUAAUCCAAAUGCGCGUGCAAAAUCAAAUUUUAGGAUUAAGUCCUGAAAUACAGGGCGUGUUUUCGUAUAGGAAUUUCGGUUUCCGACUUGUUGAACGCUUUCUAUUAUCUUAUAGAUAGGUUAGAUGAGUAUUAAAAUUUAAUUGAAUCAGUCGGUAAAUUUUGUAGAGAGAUUCGACAAUAAUUGUUGGUCAAUAUCUAUCUAUUAUAGCGGUAAACAAAAUGUGAUACAAUAUUAACGUAAUUGAAAAUUCUGACUUUUCUUUCGGAUGUUAAGAUUAUUUAAAAAAAAACAUCCAAAAAUACUAUAAUAUAGACAAUAAAGCUCACAUGAGGAUGUGCUUUUAUUAUAGAAUAUACUUAUAAAAACGUGAUAUAACAUAUCCGACAAUAUUAUUAGACAAUAAUUGUAUAGUAAAGAUGAAUAGAGAGAGACAUGUGAGCUUGACAACAGUAUUGACUAAAGUUGACGACAUUUUGUUAAAAAUUAUAAAAAAUUAGUUUAAAUCGCAAAAAUCUAAUGGUAUUCAUUGUUUGGGCUUUUUUCGUUAGUGCGGCGUUGAAAUCGACCAUACGAAGUACAAGCCUCAGAUAUUACCCCCGAUUUAGAAGACCGAAAAGUUUUUGAAAAAAUACACCCCCCUCCCAUCCAUGUGCCUUAAUAUUUGGAAGGUUUAGCGAAAUACUACGUAUACGUAUUUCUCUCACAAGUUUUUGAUUUUAGCUUUUUCCUUAAUACGUCCCUGAACGGCAACGCAACAGAGUCCGCUCGCGAGCCAAUUUCGCGUAAAAAAAAAUUGCUUGCGUCCCAUAGAAAAUAAAAAAACGCUAUUUUUAUUUCGUGUGGUCGAUUCCCGCCAAAGAGGUAAAUAAAUGUUAAAAAUCGAACUGUAUGUAGCAUGUCGCGCUAAUUUAAAUGGCAGAAAUUAUUGUUUAGGAAAAACUACUAGAAAAAACUGUUGAAUAUGUGUUCCUUGGCUUUGAAUGCUAAAAAAAAGAAACUAGUCUUAUGCAUUGGGGUAUAUAAGAGAAUCAAUUUAACUUAGAAUAUAAUAUUCGCGAUGUCCAAUGACAAUAAUAUGUAAGCUUGUUCUUGUGCUUCCAUGACAACACAUCGGCCAUUCACUGUGCCCCACGCCGAAAAUAUCGGUUCAAAAUGCAAAAUGUCCGGCGAGCCGGUCGCGUUAUUCAUUAUCAAUUAAACAUACCAUCAGCGCUCAGGAUUGGACGAAAAAUGUGAAACGUGCCCGGUUAGCCUCGCAUUAAGGUCCGUUAUUUUUGGUGCUCGUUCCUGUGCUGUACUUUCCUGUGUUAAAAAAAUGUAGAUGAAGAG